AUGCCUGUGAAUGGUAACGAGCGAACGUACAAUAUCUUAAUAACAGGAUGCAAUGGAUAUAUUGGUAGAUUAUGUUACGGUGCUUUGAGACAGAACACAUCUUUUCGUCUGAUUCUGACAGAUCGAAUUGUUGGAACGGAUAGUCACAAUCGAUUUGGAAUUGAGCAUGUCGACAAUACAAAAGAUUAUUCGAUUCCCGAAACUGACGUACAUGUUAUUGAUUUAGUGAAUGAAAAGAAGAAACUAGGUGAACUGUUUGAAAAGUACAAAAUAGAUCUCGUUAUUCAUCUGGCUAGUGCUUUGGAAAACAAUACCAUUGAAGUGAUCAAGAGCAAUGAGGUAAUUAAUGACAAUGUGUUGGAUCUAUGUGAUAAAUAUAAAUCCCAUUGCAUCGCCGCGAGUUCGAUCCGAAUGUUCUAUGGGANUGACGUACAUGUUAUUGAUUUAGUGAAUGAAAAGAAGAAACUAGGUGAACUGUUUGAAAAGUACAAAAUAGAUCUCGUUAUUCAUCUGGCUAGUGCUUUGGAAAACAAUACCAUUGAAGUGAUCAAGAGCAAUGAGGUAAUUAAUGACAAUGUGUUGGAUCUAUGUGAUAAAUAUAAAUCCCAUUGCAUCGCCGCGAGUUCGAUCCGAAUGUUCUAUGGGAAUUGUAUAACUCAUCCGAUAAUAUCGAAGAUCUUUCGGCGGAAUCAAGAUGUCCAAUGUCCGGAAAAUGAACGGUUGAAUAGUGAAACAGUUCUAUGUAACAACGAAAAGACAAUCCAAUUAUUUUCAAAAGAAGGCUGGCAAGAAGCACUUGUCUAUGUUCAAACUAAGGAACAAUUAGAAAGAUUAUGUCGACAGAUCUCCUCGUCGAACCCGUCGAUAACAUUAGUUGCUGUUCGGUUCGGCUGGUGUUCUGUCAAGUCGCCUUAUGAGAUUGAAAGAGAAUCUGCAACUGACGAUUCCUGCACACAAACAUCGAUUAUUCUUCACCCUGAUGAUCUACAAACAUUUGUACAGCGACUUGUUCAAUGUAUCAUCGAGAAAACAAUUCUAGGUUUUCAUGUAUACACGUGCAUAUCGGAAAAUAAACAACGAUGGGCUUCAUUGCAUCGAGAGAAAGAAGAACUUGAUUGGACACCACAACAUCUGUGUUAA